AUGGCAACGAUGAAUCAAAAUGCCGCCAUUAAAUUCUUCCUCAUACUUUCCUUUCUAAUUACUUCCACUUUUUCUAUUCCUUCUUCGCCGGACCGAUUCAUCAAAUCGGCUUUGACUUCUCUCCGGUCACCGGAAAAGCCUCAGGAGUACGAAGAACUCACACGGCCUCUACCGUCUGAUCACCUCACACCUUCGUGCUCUCAUGUCCUCCUCCGCCACUCAUUCGCCAACACCAUCAACAGACCUCCGUUUACAACUCCAUAUACUCCACCUUCCGAUUGUACAUCGCCGCCAUGGUCUUAUGUCGUGCUUGACCUACGCGCCGCUUCGAGUGGCGAUCAGUACGAUCGUAUUUCCGGUUUGUGGCUCGGCGGAGUGGAGCUACUCCGCACCAGUACGGCGGAGCCGAGUCCAACCGGAAUCUUCUGGAAUGUUCGGAAGGACGUCUCGAGGUACUCCUCGCUUUUCAUGAGAUCCGAUCUAAAUGUCACAAUGAUGCUCGAGAAUAUCGUCAACGAUGUUUACACAGGGAUUUAUCAUAUCAAUGUCACUCUCUACUUUUACGAAUUCAAUCCUAUUGCUUCAAACCCGAAGAUCAAUGGUAGAUUAGAGUUUGCAGAAUCCCAACGAAGUGACCAAUCCCCUGCGGAUUUGAUAAUCCCGUUAUGUGACAAAGGAAAAAGAGGGUUCUGGUUCAUGAUCGAGGAUCCAGAAGAAAUUCACUCAAAAAGAAUCCGAAUUCCGUCCAACACUCGUCGGAUUGUGCUGGAACUAUAUGUAUCGUUCCAUGGAAAUGACGAAUUCUGGUAUUCAAACCCGCCAGAUUCGUACAUCCACACGAACAAUCUAGCAACGGGGCGUGGCAAUGGUGCAUUCCGGGAGGUUUUUGUGAAGAUAGACGGGAAAUACGUGGGAUCAGAGGUGCCAAUCCCGGUUAUCUUUACCGGUGGAAUCAAUCCCUUGAUCUGGGAACCAGUUGUUGCAAUCGGUGCAUUCAAUCUACCUUCAUACGACAUGGACUUGACACCGUUUCUCGGGAGGCUGUUAGAUGGAAAGUCUCAUGAGUUUUCACUUGGUGUCAACAAUGGGAUAUCGUACUGGCUUGUGGACGCCAAUUUGCACCUCUGGCUGGAUCACGGGUCUUCGAAUGUUGUAGCUCGGUCUGGGCAUUACGAGAGCCCCAGUCAUCACAUGGUGAGACGAGAAGAGCUUGAACAGCUUGAUGGUUCAUUUGGGGUUGAAGCAGAGGUGCGUAGUGAAUUUGAUGGAUGGGUUAAAUCAAGUGAAGGUAAUCUGACCACCUCGGUCAAGAGCAUGUUCAACGUUAGUAAUUUGGUGAGCUUUGAGAAAGACGGAGCAUACAAGAGAGUUGAGCAGAGAGUGGAGACCAAACGGAUCGUGGAGGUGACUUCUGAAUCGGGCAAGCCAGUGAAACGGAUUGUUCACCAGCGGUCAUAUCCACUCACGGUGAUCACUUCUACCCUUAGAGGGUUCACCAAUGACAAGGACAUGUAUCUGCUCAUGACGAAUGUUUCACACGCGUUGAACGAGAAAUAUUCUGCUGGAGAAGCUUUCACAGAGAUUUACAACAGACAGGACUCAGAUGGUUGGAUGGAGGUUGAAGAUCACAAUGUCUUGGCCGGUGAAGCGAGCACAAGGCAGAGUUACAGCUAUGUCGAUGAGUUCAGCUGUUAUUCCCGCACCAUCGUUGCAGGCAAUGGCGAGAUCACCCACGACAGUUCAUCUGAUACUUGCACUUUGUCUUCAUCCUCAUAA